AAGUGGGCUUUCUCCGGCUCUACUACCUCUACGGUCUCGUCGCCACCGAAGAAGAAGAUCGAAUCAUUUUCUCGUGGAUCUUGUGCCCUUCUGGUGAACAUCGUAGGGAGGAAUCAUGGAUCCAGCUGAGAUGAGGUACUUGGAAGAAGAGGACGGUCCCAUGAUGAAGACAAUCAAAGGCAGCGUCACUGGCUUCGCCGCCGGGACCAUCUACGGAACCAUUUUGGCCACGUGGAAAGACGUUCCGAGGGUGGAGAGAAACGUGGCUCUUCCGGGACUCAUCAGAACGCUCAAGAUGAUGGGAACACACGGGCUCACUUUCGCUGCUAUUGGAGGAGUUUACAUCGGCGUUGAACAGGUGGUUCAGAGUUAUAGGGGCAAAAGAGACUUUUUCAAUGGUGCUAUUGGUGGGUUUGUUGCUGGAGCUUCUGUACUUGGCUAUAGAGCAAGGAGCAUUCCAACGGCGAUAGCUGCAGGUGCAACUCUAGCUGUUACCUCAGCUUUGAUUGACUCUGGGGGUCAGACGACAAGAGUAGACAACGGCAGAGAGUAUUAUCCUUACACCCCUGUCGAGAAAAGAGCUCAAGCUGAAUCCUGAUUUCUCUCUCUGUUUUGAUAACUGUAUCUGAGAGAUGUGAAAUCAUGAAACUCUUUUGUUCUUGUUUCCUCAUGUUUCUAUGGAGAGUGACUUGCAUCUUUUGCUUGAGUAUUGAAUGUAAGAAACGUUACAGUUCUGAGUAUCUGAAAUGUGUUUGCUUCUGCUA